AGAUUUUUUCACCUGCAUCCAAACACAGAGAUUACACUACCAGUUAGAUGAGUUUACAUCUGCCAAGUGUGUUAAGAUCGGAGACUGUGGUUUUCUCUACUGUGCCUUGUGGACCAGCUGGCCAGUCUUAGCCAAACACCUGACAGGCCUGCUUCCACCCACACAUCCGUCUGCGUGCACCAAACGGCUUCAUGGAUGUGGCUGUCUUUGCGGGGGAGAGGCUUGUUUUUAAAUGCAGUAACCCAAAUAAAUGAUAGGUUACAAACAGCUUCCCCGGUGAAGGUUACACAAUAUUUUAGCUUAUCAAAACUCAAGGAUUUGUUUUUACUUAGGGUGAAAUCUGGUCACGUUGACAUCAAUGGUAAAGCUUCUUUCAAAGACAGUUUUCCCAGAAUAAAUAAGUUUGGCAAAAGCAGCUGAGACACGGAAAAGAUGAAUGAAUCCCCUCUGUGUUUAAAUAGACAAAUAUGCAAUGAGAGGUAAGCAGCAGAGCCACCCCUCAGGAAAUGAAAGCAUUCACCACACCGCUGCCUUAUUGCAGAACUCCAGUUGUUUGCUAGGGUGAACUUUGCCUCCUCAUAUUCAUCCUCAAGGUGACGUCUCAACUUGUAAUCAUUAAUGGACUAUCCCUGUAAUGGAAAGGUAGCUGUACUGUCUGGAUAUUGGACAGAGCUGCUUCGGGAAGCUAGAAGUUACUGAAAAUGUCGAGCAGGUAUCACAAAGCAGCAGCUGAUGGCAAUCUGGACCUUUUGAAAGAAGCCACUAGAAAAGAUCUUAAUACUUCAGAUGAAGAUGGGAUGACGCCCACCCUUCUGGCAGCAUACCACGGGUAUCUAGAAGCUCUAGAGGUCAUAUGCCGGAGAGGAGGUGAUCCAGACAAAUGUGACAUCUGGGGGAGCACUCCUCUCCAUCAUGCUGCUUGCAAUGGUCACAUCCACUGCGUUUCUUUUCUGAUCAACUUUGGUGCCAAUAUAUUUGCUCUGGACAAUGACCUCCGCACACCUCUUGAGGUGGCUGCCAGCAGAGAUCGCCAUGAAUGCGUCAGAAUCUUGGACAAAGCUGCCACGGAGCAGAACAUGCUGAACCCAAAGAAGGUCUCCAAACAAAAAGCCCAGGCCCAGAGGAAUGUGGAGAAACAAAUUAAGGAAUGUGAGAAGCGACAAGAGAAACACCAACAUGAAAUGAACAGGAAUUAUAUGAAAGAAAAUGUUGGCACAGUAACCUCUUCCAAAGGGACACACUCGAGGGUAAAGAUGCCUAGUCUCUUCACUUCAAAUACAACAACUCCUUUCUCCAAAAAUCUGAAAGAUACCUUCAAACUGAGGACAAAAAAGACAGCUGGUAGCACAAGAAGCCAGGAAACACAAAGCAAUGGCCAAGCAGAUGACAAGGAUAGGAGAAGUGUGAUGCAUUUAUUCGAUGAGAAAGAAGAGGAUGAAUUACUGAAUGACAAUGACAGUCGGCUCUCUAUUUUCCAGAGACCAGGUCUCGGCAAGAUUGUAUUUGGAAGGAAUUUGGCUGCAGAUGUAAAUCCUGGAAGCAUGUCUUCUGAGAAAGAAGUCAUAAGCUUUAAAAUGUCCAGUGAGCUCUUUCAGAAUGAAAAUACUGAGAAUGACAGGGAAGAUGAUGUUGAAAAUGGUGCUGAUAUCCCUUGGCAGGAGGAGGAACUCAUUUGGGAUGAUGAGGAAGCAGAAAACACACCCCUUGAGGUAUUUCUGGCAUCACAGAUGCUGGAUGAGUUUCUUCCAGUCUUCAUGAGGGAAAAAAUUGAUUUAGACACCCUGAUGCUAUGUUCUGAUGAAGAUCUACAAAGCAUUCAGAUAGAGCUGGGGCCAAGAAAGAAGGUCUUGAAUGCUGUGAAUAAAAGAAAACAGGCUCUCAAGAACCCUGGAAGGACUGUAGAUACUUGCUUAUAAAUCUAUGUACCUGUUGCUGUAACCUGCACACUGAUUAUCUUCUCCUGAUUCAAAAUAGCAUGCAGUUCUUUUCAGACAUCUGCUAAAGUGAAAGGCAAAGAGGUUACCAAUUGCUUUAGGAUGUAUAGCAAGGCCAAAGACAUAGAUGGCUGUGGUACACAGGAUGUUAAUUCAAGCGCAUUCUGCCAAAAAGAACGAAUGUGAAGGUAAAAAACCUACAAGCUUUAGAUUCAAAGCUUUUUCUCCCUUCUUAUGGAGAUUGGAUUUCUUUUUGUCUGAAUAACUUAAAAUAUUAUUGAAGGCCAGACAUGCCUCAUUCUUUAAUAAAACCCUUCCCUUCUUCUCCAAAGCCAC